AGGGUGUCGCGGCCAGACUAUACUCGCACCGAACCGGUGUCCGCUCGACGAACAGUGCUGCGUGUGGCCCACUGUGGAACUCGGCCCACUUGGGGGUUUGUGUACUCGUUGGUCGAUUAGCUAAUUCGGGGGACCGACUGCGCCCAUUCCGCCUCUUCGGCACAAUUUGAAGUGUGUUAGGCGCACUGCGAGUUACGGUGGCGUGCUUCAUCCGUUCGAAGGGUCUGUGGAUGACUGGCUUGGCCGAUUUUGGGGGAGGGUGACUGUGGUUCCCGUCUUUGACUUAGCGCGAAGACCACUCGACGACUGCGAGUCACAGUGGCCUGUUGGCCAGUUCGAGAGAAGACUGUGUCUACUGUGUCGUCGCUUAUUAAGUUAGCGCAAUGUGCAUUCUGGGACUUCGAAUCACGACCGGAAGCCUCGGGCGUUGACUGCGAGAAAACACGGCGACAGUGUUGUGACGCGUGAAGGCUGUGUGCGUUUUAGAGGACGACGACGGCGACGAUGCCGGCGGAGGCAUCGCCGACGCCUCCCUCGCGGCUGGCGCGCGUCCGGCGCUGCGCUCGCAUCUUCCUGACGCACCUGGUGUCCCAGGUGGGCCUGUGCCUGCUGGUGGUCGCGUACGCCAUCGUGGGCGCGCUCAUCUUCCGGGCCAUCGAGGCCGACAAGGAGGUGCACCAGCGACAGCGCGUGUCGCAGCUGCGCCGCCGCUACCUGCGCGACAUGUGGGCCGUCACCGAGCGGCUGAACGUGCUCCACGACGAGCAGUGGAUGCACGAGGUGGGCGCCAAGCUCAAGGAGUUCGAGGACGAGGUGGUUCUCGCCGUCCGCAACGACGGCUACGACGGCAAGGACGUCCAGGAAGAGGCGCUCCAGUGGUCCUUCUCCGGCUCGCUCCUCUACAGCAUCACCGUCAUCACCACCAUCGGGUAUGGCAACAUUGCGCCAAAGACGCCGCCGGGCAAGGUGGUGACCAUCCUGUACGCCAUCAUAGGCAUCCCGCUGAUGCUUCUCUGCCUGUCCAACAUCGGCAACAUCUUGGCGCACAGCUUCAAGUUCUUCUACGCGCAUGUCUGCUGCUUGAUCUGUCGAAGAGCAGACGCCGCCGCCGCAAAGAUUCAGGCGUCGUCGACGGCAAAGACGCCGCCUCAGAUACCGGCCGAGGUUCUCGACGCGGUGGUGACGGUGGCCAACAACGUUUCCAAGGGGGACAACAACGGCAGUGUCACGUGUCCGCUGACUGAAAAGAGUGGGAGGCCACCCGAGCUGUCACCUCCUCCAAGCCCCGAGAAGUCGGACGCAUUGCCCUCUUCGGCGACUGAGCUGCCGUCCAAGAGAGCCGUUAAAGAAUCCACGCCCGUGUCACAGGAGCGCAUCCCGGUGUACCUGGUGCUGCUGCUGGUGGGCGGCUACGUCUGCUUCGGCGCCACGCUGUUCUCGGUGUGGGAGGAGUGGAGCUUCCUGGACGGCGCCUACUUCAGCUUCAUCACGCUGAGCACCAUCGGGUUCGGCGAUAUCGUGCCCGGUUCGCACCUGCUCGAGCAGGGGGCCACCUCGGGAAGCGGACAGGCGAAGCUCAUCAUCUGCUGCUUCUACCUCGUGUUCGGCCUGGCCAUCAUCGCCAUGUCAUUCACGCUCGUGCAGGAGGAAGUGGUGCUCAAGUGCAAGGACCUCGUGCGCACGCUCAAGGCGCUCGUCUCUUCGGACGAGACCGCCACGACUUCCUAGCCCGCUAUGGGCGUGGGCACGAAGGGGUUCCUGGUUCCUGGCAGAGGAGGCUCCCUUCGCGCGGCUUGAGGUGCGAGUCCUCUCGCUGCCAGGGCAGCACGGUCACGUCGUCAGCGCCGUGGGCGUCCGGCACACGCACCACGGCGAAGCCGAUGUCGUGGUCCU